CAAGCAAGAAUAAGUUCAAGUGACUAUUGUCUUCUUCUAGAAAACCUUCAUACUCGUUCUUUAACGUUUACGUCUUAUCCGAUUAAAGUAUUUUGGUUUGCAAAAACAACUUUAUUCUGAAAGUGAUUCUUUCACGAUUCAUAAGCCUAUUAAUUACCUCAUUUGUUGUACAAACCUACACCGAUCCUCCAACAAAGACUAAAUUUAUAUUUCCAUAAACAACACAAAGAUGAAGGGUGGCAAAUCUGUGAGAGAUCUUACAAGUAAGUUCUCAAAACAAGAAAAGUUCGAAGGUCAGGACUUCCGUCGUUGGAAAAAAAGAUGCACUUCCUUCUCACCACGUUGAAGGUUGUACACGUGUUGGGCACACUGAUGCCUGAGAUCAUGGAAAAAGAAACGUUGAAACAAACUAGGAAACGAUGCAAGUGGGAGAGUGAUGACUUUAUCUGUCGUGGUCAUAUUCUCAAUGGGGAUAUUACGCUCCCUGAAUACCGCCAAAAAUUUAUCCACCUUGCCAAGUUCGCACCAACCUUUGUAGGUACCAUGGCUGAUUGCAUCAAGGAGUUUAGGUCAAAACUCCGACUUGAUCUCAGGGCUCAAGUAUCCAUUAUCCAUACGAUAGAUUUCACUGCAACCUACAAUCUGAUUGCCAAGGCGGAUAAGGAUUGGAGCGCCUACAAGGAGUACUUGAAGAAGGAAGAAGUUGGCUCGAAUGUUCGUCGACCCGUGAGUACUGCCCCUAGUGGAAAAAUACUUUUUCAAGGACCUAGCAACUCGCAACACUCAAAAAAAGGGAAAUCUGUGCAAACCCAACCAGUAGCAUCUGUUGACAGACCAAGGAAGUGGAAGCACCCGAUAUGUGAACUAUAUGGAAGGAACCAUCCUGGAGAGUGCUGACUUAAGGAGGGUUUGUGUCCAGGGGUAUAUUUGUACAACAUAUUGGUGUGAUAGCCAUUGAUGGAGCUCGAAGCUCCAUCGAGAAGAAGAUGAUGAACGGAGAGAAUACAAUAUGUGUGGAAUGUAGAGGGUGGCUCCCCCUUCUUCUUGGUUAUGUGUCUCUUAUAUAGCAUCAAGGUAGGAGCCUAGGGUUAGG